AGAUAUUUCAUUGAAAUGUCGUUUAGAAUGGUCUUAACUGUCUUGUAACAAUGUUUUGAGGUUAAGAAUAUAAUAAAGAAAUCAUGAACAAAUGUAUCUUAUCGAAUUUAUUACGUGCACGAAAAAUAUGUAAAACGUUUGUUCCGCACAAAAAUAGAUGUAUCACUUACUCUUUAUUAAAACAAACAAGAUAUUUCUCGGAUAUUAGUCCAAAUAAAUUAUCAAACGAAGAACCAACGAAUGAAAAUGAAAAUGAGCUUGUGUCAGAGAUUACCUCGAAACAUAAAAUAUUUCACGACAAAGAUUCAAAAGUUAUAUUAGAUGUAGAAGAAGAAGAAAAAAGGAUACUUCUAGACGAUUUACGUAUAGAGAAGGAGCAGGAGUAUGAUCCCUACAGUGGAUUGAAUUUAAAGCGUGGCACAUAUGGAGUGUACGACAUAGAAGAUCUUAUUAUGGUUCUUCGAAAGGAUAAUGCAAAAAAUAUCUUUGUUGUUUCUGUGCCUAAAGAGUAUAUCUAUGUAGAUUAUAUGGUAAUUGUCACAGGUAAAUCGCAAAAGCAUAUGAGUGCUCUUGCUGCAUAUGUACGUAAAGUUUAUAAACUAAAAAUGCAUAAAAAGGAUAUUAUCCCUAAGAUUGAAGGAGCCAAAUCUAAAGAUUGGAUAGCUUUGGACUUAGGAAACAUUGCUUUACACAUAUUCUCAGCUGCUGCUAGAAAACAAUAUGAUUUAGAAACAUUAUGGGCAGUUGGUUCACAAUAUGACAAUCAAAUAAACAAACCAAUGGAGGCAGAUAUUAUGGAACAAUAUAACUCUUUCUUAGAUGUAUUUCAACCAGAAAAUCCAUAAAAAUAUAGAUAUUUUAUAUAUGCUUUAGAAUUUUCUUUUUCAAUGUAUACAUGACUUAUAUUUUAUCAAUUGAAAUAAAUUCUAUGAAUUACACGCAAAA